CUCUCCCCCAGAUUAGAUGGGACCUCCCUCUACUACUGCUUCUACCUCAGCAGUCGACAACCUCCCACUCAGCCUCCUCCUUGCACCAAAACGCCGCCGCCGCCGUCGACAUCCAACUCCUCCCUUCGCGUCUCGUGGCCACUCUCCCUCCUGCUUCCUUUCCUACGUCGCGCGCAGAGAGACGCCCACAGUCGAGUGUCAAUGCUGCUCAGGACAAUCUGGCGCGGCGCCGCGCUGGCGGUUGCGGCCCUUGCGCCCGCCGUCGCCCGCGCCGCCGACGACGCCGACAACCCGCCCGGCCAGUCGACCUUUGUCUCGCCCGACGGCGACGUCGCCUUCGCCUUCACCGUCCCCGAGCACAACAACCUCGACGUCUACUUCAGCCUGCGCGUCUCUCUCGACGACGCCUGGGGCGGCGUCGGCCUCGGCAGCGACGACAUGAAGGGCGCCCUCUUCCUCCUCCUCUACCGCGACUCUGACACCAACGUGACCUUUUCCCCGCGCGUCGCCUACGGCAACUACGAGCCCGAGUUCUACCCCGACCUGCGCUACGAGGUGCUCAACGGCACCGGCGUCCGCGACGACGGCUACAUGUACUUCAACGCAAAGUGCAUAGAGCACUGCCGCAGCUGGCCCGCCCGCGACUCGGGCAGCGGCUACAUCGACGUCUCCUCCCCGAGCUCCAACGCCAUCUACGCCGUCGGCCCCCGUGAGCGCUUCCGAAGCUCCGACCAGCGCGCCAGCAUCAAGUUCCACCGCGAGUUCGGCGGCUUCACCAUCGACAUGCAGCACACCCAGGGCAGCGCCGACCUGCCCGUCCUCAACGCAAACUCCAAGAACGAGGGCGUCACCUUUGGCUGGCGCAAGACGGGCAAGGCCGACGUCAAGGCCGCUCUGCACGGCGCCUUCAUGGUCCUCUUCCUCGUCGUCCUCUUCCCCGUCGGCGUCGCCUUCCUGCGCCUCGGCCGCUGGGCCCGCUGGCACGCCGUCAACCAGACCGUCGCCAUGCUCGGCGUCUUUGCGGGCUUCGCUCUGGGCGUCGUCACGAGCUUCAACUACCAGAGGUCUCGCGGCUUCCGCCACUAUCACCAGAUCCUUGGCUUCAUCAUCGUCGCUUUCAUCAUCGGCCAGUUCGUCCUCGGCUUCCUCCACCACACCGAGUACCGCAAGACGCAGGCCCCCACCAAGUUUGGUAGGAUCCAUCUCUGGCUGGGCCGCAUCAUCAUCUUCUUUGGCAUCCUGAAUGCCUUCUUCGGCUUCUCCUUCGCCCUCGACAACAAGUACGGCAUGAUCCUCGCCGGCAUCAUCAUCUUCAUCGGCUUCGUCAUGCUCUUCUUCGUCUUCGGCCGCGGCUACCUCAACAAGAAGAAGCGCACGCAGCUCGCCGCCAACGGCCAGCCCGGCGCCAACACGAGCUACCAGCCGCACCCCUGGCGCCAGGACUACUACCCGGCGCCCCAGUCCAGCGGAAACCCCUCCGAUCCGCCGCCGGGCUACGAGCCGCCCUCGCAGCACAUUGGCCUGCAGCCCGUGCCGGCGAGGUCGACGUCGCCCUGGAGGAGCGCCGACAAGGACGACGACGAUCCGGGGCUGGGGAGCGCCCAACGGCCGCGGGAAUUCGCAUGAGUAUGCAUGAUGACGGUGGUGGUGGUGACACUCGGCAAAGCAGAAUCAAGCUUCGGGAAACGGUUUGACAACGAGGGAGCAAGCGAGUAUUGUUUCACAGCGGGGAGCGCGCACGCGAUAUGUCUUGUACUAUACUGUGUCUGUCUUUGGGUCAAUCUAGGCGUUAAUGUCAGUGUACAUGUAAGCCAGGCCUGAAAGUCCAUGUCUCUAAAAAGAAUAUGUCCCUCGAGGGUCUGUCCGUGUGUGAACGCGCCCUCUCGUCUAGCCACGUGCCCCGGCGGGCAUUUCUUCCUCUUCG